AUGCUAGCCUUGCUGCUGUUGACAGUUAUCGCCCCUUAUAGCCACGGUUUUCCAACAUUCCAGGCACUUAUUCCAAAUGGAGGUAUUAUUCGUGACCCUUGUGACGGCGUGACCAUUUGGCCGGGUGUUGGUCAUCAAGCAGUUGCUGGGGGCGGACUCGUUAAUCCCUUUGGCCAGGACUUCCUUAACAACGAAAAGACGUGGAACCUCACCUUAUGUGUGAUGGACUCUGAUGGAGACGGAGUCUCAAAUGGGGAGGAACUAGGUGACCCCGACUGUGUAUGGACUCCGGAGUCAAAUCCAACAGGUCUUCCAACUGGACACCCAGGUGUAUGCGAGCCAUGGAGCGACACGAAAUGCUUAAAAAAGAGAUUUCAUAUUUGCCAGCUACCGGAUCUAGAAUGUGACGCCAUUAACAACCCAGACGUUCUAGAAUUUGCGGUCAGAUAUCCACAAACACAAGUUCCUGCUAAAGAAACCACAUACACUUGUAUGAAUUUCGCCUUACCUGCUGACCAGGAUUAUCACGUGAUCGCUGAUCGAGGUGUAAUUGACAAUGAAUUCGUCAUGCAUCAUAUGAUAAUCUUCGCAUGUUCGAAUGACGUUGAACCAAGGGAUUUAGUAAAUCCUUUGAAUGCCCCAUAUGAAUGUGGUAUGGUGGGAGAAACACGAUGUCGGCAACUGAUAGCCGGAUGGAGUGUUGGGAUACCUGGUGUUUGUCACAACGAAAAUGCUGGAUACAAGAUAGGGAUUUCCGGUUACAAAUAUGCCUUACUACAGAUACAUUGGAACAACCCAUUGCUGAAAACUGACUAUAUGGACAGUUCUGGAAUGAUCCUAUACUACACUCCAAUAUUACGACCUUACAAUCUCGGAAGCCUAAUUAUCGGAGAAUAUCGAUUCAGUAUCCCACCUGGAGAACAUCGUUAUGUCGUAGAAUCGGAGUGCACUUCAGCCUGCUCAUCGCAAAUAAUGAACAGUCCUAUUUACGUCGUUGGCGGUCACAACCACAUGCAUUACAUGGGUAGAGAAAUGGAGACAUCUUAUGAACCCAUGGGUGGUACUGAACAGGUUAUUAUGGACGACCCUCUCUAUAGUUAUGAUAACCCUAUACUGCACAUCUUCGAGACACCUUUGAAAGCCCAGCCAGGCGAUGUUUUCAAGACAAAAUGUUCUUUCACGUCUUUACGCAAAGACGUAACAACCCAUAGCGGUGAAGCAACAGCCGAGGAAAUGUGUUUUGCGUUUUUGUUUUACUAUCCGAAGGAAUCCAUUGCAACUCACCAAUGCUUUACUAUGAUGGGGUUGCCUCUAUGCACUGUAUCACACGAAACAAAGUUAACAGAAGGAUGUCAAAUUCAGUCUUUCCUUACAAACACUUCGUAUUUCGACGAGACCUUUAAAGAGAUUCUUCGACGAUGUGAAACUUUCGUCUGUCGCAAGGAAUGCAAAACUUACAUCGAAGAUCUUCGAAGUAACCCUUGUUUUCAAGGCAAAGUCAAAGGAUACGUGGAAAGCAUGAUCAGUCCUCAGAUGGGUGUAAACAAAAUGGCCCUCUACCACUCGUGUGAUACCGAACUUGCUCUGGAGGCUGUUGAACCAUGCACAUGUACAACCCAAACACAAGAGCCAUGUAUAGAAUAUACCGGAACAAGUGUUUCUCACAAGAUGUCGUUCUCUCUGCUACUGAUGGCUGUGUUCGUUAUACACUUCAAUUAA